AUGUCCUCACAUCUAAGAAGCGCCUUUGUUAAGGCUAAAGAACAGGGCAGAAACGCACUGGUCACAUUUAUUACUGCAUAUUACCCAACUCCUCAAGACACUAUCGAUAUUCUCAAAGGCUUGCAAAAUGGUGGAGCCGAUGUGAUAGAAUUGGGUAUUCCAUUUUCCGACCCUAUUGCAGACGGUCCUACUAUUCAAGUUGCCAACACCAAGGCCAUUGAGAAUGGUUGUACGGUCCAAACCUGCAUUGAUCUUGUCAGGAGGGCAAGAGAGGAAGGCGUGACGAUUCCAAUUGUCUUGAUGGGCUACUAUAACCCUAUAUUGAAGUAUGGAGAGGAGAAGAUGGUUGAAGCUUCUCGAAAUGCCGGAGCUAAUGGUUUCAUUGUCGUUGAUUUGCCUCCUGAAGAAGCUGUCAAAUUCAGAAACAUUUGCUCAACUCAUGAGAUGUCAUACAUCCCACUAGUUGCACCUUCGACAACUGAUGACAGAUUGAAAUUAUUGGCGGAAAUCGCUGAUUCCUUCAUCUAUGUUGUUUCUAGGAUGGGUUCAACAGGAGCUUCCAUCACUGUCACCGAUUCAGUGGGCCCUCUAUGUGACCACAUUCGGAAAUUCACAGGGAACACACCUUUGGCUGUUGGUUUUGGUAUUUCAACUAGGCAACAUUACCUGAAUGUCGGUAAACAUUCGGACGGUGUAGUCAUUGGCUCCAAAAUUUUGAGUUUGAUUAGUGAUGCACCAGCUGGCGCAAGAGGAAAAGCUGCUGAAGAUUAUGUCAAAUCGAUCUUAAAUGGUGAUGGUGAAAAUACUUUUGCAGACUCGAAAAUCGGAUUAUCUACAAAUGUUGUUGAAAAUCCGGAUUUCACUGAAUCCCAUAAACAUAACCCUAAUUUCGGUAAUUUUGGUGGACAGUAUGUCCCUGAAGCUUUACACGCUUGUCUUAGAGAGUUAGAAGUGGCAUUUGAGGAUGCAAUUGCAGAUCCUGUCUUUUGGGAGGAGUUCCAUUCCUUGUACGAUUAUAUCGGCAGACCUUCAACUCUGCAUAAGGCAGAGAGACUCUCUGAAUAUGCCGGCGGUGCCCAAAUCUGGUUGAAGAGAGAAGAUCUGAACCACACUGGUUCCCAUAAAAUCAACAAUGCCUUGGCUCAAAUCUUAAUUGCUAAAAGACAAGGUAAAACUAACAUCAUUGCAGAAACUGGUGCAGGUCAACACGGUGUCGCAACUGCUACUGCUUGUGCCAAAUUCGGCAUGACUUGUACUGUCUACAUGGGAGCAGAAGAUGUUAGAAGACAGGCAUUGAAUGUUUUCAGAAUGAGAAUCUUGGGUGCCAAGGUUGUUGCUGUUGAAAAUGGUACUAAAACCCUCAGAGAUGCAACUUCAGAAGCUUUCAGAUCUUGGGUCACCAAUCUAAAGACAACAUACUACGUUGUCGGUUCUGCAAUUGGUCCUCAUCCUUACCCAACAUUAGUUAGAACUUUCCAAAGUGUUAUUGGUAAUGAGAUCAAAAAGCAGUUUGCAGAAAAGAAUAACGGCAAGUUACCAAAUUUGGUGGUUGCUUGUGUUGGUGGUGGCUCAAAUUCAACUGGUACUUUCUCGCCUUUUGAAAAUGAUACCCAAGUCAAAUUGCUAGGUUGUGAAGCUGGUGGUUCAGGUGUUGACACCAAUCAUCAUUCUGCUACAUUGACAGUUGGUGAACCCGGUGUUUUCCAUGGUGUUAAGACAUACGUCUUGCAAGAUGAAGACGGCCAAGUCCACGAUACUCACUCGGUUUCGGCAGGCUUGGACUAUCCAGGUGUUGGUCCGGAAUUAGCAGCCUGGAAAGACUCCGGUCGUGUGGAAUUUAUUGCUGUUACCGAUGAUCAAGCAUUGGAAGGUUUCAGAUUGUUGUCCCAAUAUGAAGGUAUCAUUCCAGCAUUAGAAUCAUCCCAUGCUAUAUAUGGUGCAGUUGAAGCAGCAAAGAAGAUGGACAAGAACCAACAUGUUGUCAUCACAGUAAGUGGCAGAGGUGAUAAGGAUGUUCAAAGCGUUGCUGAGGUUUUACCUGUAUUAGGUCCAAAAAUUGGCUGGGAUCUUAGAUUUGAAAGCGGCAGUGAUGCAUCCAAGUAG